UUAGCGCAGUGUAAUCAAUAAGUAAUUUGCGAACGGCCCCAAAUGAUUGUCAUAUUUUCAUCGCUUUUUCAUCGCACUGAUGUCUUCUGAAAUUUCUCUUAUUCUUAUUCCUCCUGCAAAACGAAACCCACCCAACGUAAUCAAUUUUUGUUUAUUGGGAAAAGCUGCGCAUUUUCCUCCCUUCCUUCAUUUUUCGGUGAUUGAAGCAGUGAAAAUACAUUUUUUUGUGAACAGCAGCCCGGAUCGGAUAAUGGCGGAGUCGCGAGAAAAUAGUGCCACUCCGAUCGCUUCCUCGUCUUCUGCUUUGGUGAACGCUGCUGAAAUUGCACCCCAAAGUAAUGAUGGCGACGAAAAUAAACAAUCUCAGGCCGAGGAGUUGGGCGAUAAAUCGGACGCCGAAAUUGUUAAAAUGGAGUGUCCCGUCUGCCUUCAAACGUGUAUCCAUCCUGCAAGGCUGCCCUGUGGUCAUGUUUUUUGUUUCCUGUGUGUCAAGGGCGUUGCUUUCAAAAACCGCCGGUGUGCGAUGUGCCGCCGUGAUAUUCCACCCAGCUAUCUAGAACAUCCACAAUUAGUCAACGGACUGCGAGAAGUAGAGAAGGCCGCCAAGGCCAACGAUGGUGCUGAAUAUCAAUGGUACUACGAAGGUCGCAAUGGCUGGUGGCAGUACGACGAACGCACCAGCCAGGAACUAGAGGAAUCCUUUCAGAAAAAGGAACGUUUUUGCAAAAUUUUGGUCGCUGGCUUUUUGUACAUCGUGGAUUUUGAGCACAAGUGCCAGAUUCGACAGAAUGAUCCGUCCAGAAUUCGACGGGUGAAGCGUGAUUUGGCGACAAUUCCCAAAAAAGGUGUCGCAGGUCUGAGGUUAGAAACCAAUGACUUGACUGCGGGAGCGACACCCAGUUCCAAUUCGGAUGGUUCAUUGAGCUCAGACGAUCUGCAAGCGGAAACGAAUCUACUGCAGAUGCACCGCAAUAUUGUGGUCGAAGAGGCGGAAGAGGAAGAACUGGAGGAGGUUGUUCGUCGCAUCAACAUGGAUGGGAGCUUCAGUAGUGAUACCAAUAAUAGCGCAAACGAUUCAUUCGGCGAUGGGGAUCCUAUACCGGGGAAUUCUGCCAGUGGAAAUGCACAGAAUGGCGAUACGGAAUUGACCGAAGCUAUUAACAAUUUGAAUGCGCUGUCGCUGCGAGAACAGCAACGCUCGAACGAGGUAGUAAGAGAACCUAUCACGAUUAGGCGGCGCAUUGUAACCGAUCUCCUCGCGUUGAGCGACAGCGAUGACGAUAACGAGGAUAACAAUCAUAUUAUCCUGUAGAUUUAGGCAGAAGUUUAAAAUUAGAAUUUGUAGCUGCGUAGAAAACCGUAGUGUCACAUUCAAGCAUUUCUAGGCACGGCUAUCCUUAAGCUCAAAUUUCGUCAUAUUUUCGUAUUAUUAAGAGCAUUUUUGUCAAGUUUACUCAAUGAUCGGAUUCCGUUACAUUAAUUUUUGUAUGUGCAAUAGAUUUUGUUCGAUAAAAGCUUUCGGAUAGUGCUGUUGCUGUUAUAUCCUCAAAAAUUACAUCACAAGUAGUAAUGAUCAAAGGAUUAUUUCUUCCAAUUGCCUACACUAUAAUUGUUUAUAUUCGAACUUCUAGUUUUUAAGCCUACGAUCAAUACAAAUAUACGCGAGGAACUGUGCUCUCACAUAAUUAUUUAAUUGAAUAGCUAUUUGUUUAAGUAUGUAUUCCUUUCUACACCGAAAUAAUCGCUGGACAUUUUUGUUAUUGAAACUUUUUAUAAUGAUUAAUAAAGUCAACAUUUUGUUGUAUACGAUUUUA